AACUCAUAAGAAGAAGGCAAUGGAAAAGCUCCCCGAAGCAGCAGUCGCGGCUGCCGCCUCAGACGUACCGAUAGACGUUAUUUGUGAUAUACUAUCGUAUCUCCCCGUCAAGUCGGUACUACGUUUCAGAUGCGUAUCAAAAUCAUGGUACUCUCUAAUCAAUGAUUCUCACUUUAAAAAAUCACAUCUCCAUCAAUCACAUGAUCAGGUAUUGGUUUCCCGAAGUCCGGACGAGCAUUAUAGUUUUCAUGUUGGACCCUUUUUUGAUGAUAUAGUUUCAGGAGAAUCUACACCGACGGAAUUACUCCUUACUCGUAUUCCUAAUCCUCAAAUAUGCAAUCGCAUGAAGUUUUUGGCGGCUUGUGAUGGCUUGUUACUCGUGAGAAACUGUGAUAAUGACCUCUUAACUUUAUCGAACCCUUCGACUGGACAGUUUCGUAAUCUGCAGGAUAUUAAAGAUGAUUUUCCGUCGUCGGAGGGCAUUCAUUGUUACGACUUUGGCUAUGAUUCAUCAACAGAUGACUACAAGGUACUUCUCCGACGCGAGACAUUGAUUCGCUCGGAAAAGGGGAACAAUAUGAGAAGAGAGAAUAAUAUUCUUUCCGUGAAAACAAAUUCUUGGCAUAAGGUUAAACAAUUCACAAUGUCUUGCGGCAAGAGGGCUGUAAAUCUAAACGGGUCUCUGAAUUGGCUGCGUAGGCACUAUGGUGCAACAGAACAAGUGUGGAAAAGUGGUGUGAUGCCCAAGAUAGUUUCGUUUUCUCUAGCAAACGAGACGCUAACAGAGAUGGAACAUCCUUAUUAUUACGAAUAUUUCACAGUUAUGGAUAUGAGUGUUUUGAAAGGAUGUAUUUGUUUAAUAGUGAUUGGAGAAUCUACUGGCUCGUUCACCAUCUGGUUAAUGAAAGAAUUCGGAGAGACAAGCUCGUGGACUAAGGUUAUUACCUUACCAAAACUACGUGUCCUUAAUGCAACUCUAUUGACAGUUAAUCAUAUGAACAAAACAGUUUUCGGAAUUGAAAGACGUGGCGUUAAUGGUGUUGACCUGUUGAUUCUGAAUGAUUUAGAGGCAGAAGAAGACUAUAAGAUUGUUAAGGUUACCAAUUUCCAAAGGAAUACUCAUCUAGUUACAUUUUCAAGGAGUUUAAUUUCACCAAAUUAAAUUAUCAGCAUCUUAUUUGUUUUGGGAUUAGAAUUAUUGUAUAGUUAUUCUAUUUAUCGUAAUUAUUACUUCAGCAUCUUAAGGUCGGAUCUUAUAUUUAAUGUACAAGCUUAACA